AGAGAUCCACGUCGCGUUUGACCAUGUCCAUGACCACCUGAGCAGUGAGUGAGCCAGUCAGCCAGUGAGCUACUGAGCAGUGACCACUAGUAGGUUCUACUCGUCGGCAACCGAUCUUGCCUCGCCGGAGAAGACAACGCCCGCGGCGGCGGCGGCGGCGACGCUCUCCUUUUGAUGCUCUCAUGAAGCGGCACAACGCGGCGGAGGUGCCGGUGCCGGUGAGCUACGGCGGCGAGCGGGAUGAGAAGACCGGAAGCAAGGUGGAUAAGAUGGGUGGUGGAGCGGCUAGGCGGUGGCGGAGCGGCGGCUGCUGCUCCCGCCUCUGGCUCGUGCUCGUCGUGUUCGCCACCGUCACGAUGCUGCUGCGCCACCGCUACGACUCCGGCCUCGGCCAUGGUGCCGCCGCCGUGGUGCGCAUCGAGCCGGUGCACCGGAAGGUGAAGCCAGCCGAUCGCGGCGGCGCCAGGCCGUCGUUCUCCGAUUCCGGCAGCGCGAAGCCGGUCACCGUCGACCACAAGUCGGCGACGACCGAUUCUUCUACCGGAACGGAGUCUGACGGUGGAGGCGAGCCAUCGUCGGCGUCAUCUUCGCUGCCGGCGGCGGCGCACCCGUUCUCGCGCGCGCUCGCGGCGGCGGGCGACAAGGGCGACCGGUGCGGCGGGCGGUACGUGUACGUGCAGGAGCUGCCUCCGCGGUUCAACACCGACAUGGUCAAGAACUGCGUGGCUCUGUUCCCGUGGAAAGACAUGUGCAAGUUCACGGCGAACGGCGGCUUCGGCCCGCCGAUGAGCGGCGGCGGCGGCAUGUUCCAGGAGACCGGGUGGUACAACUCCGACAAGUACACGGUGGACAUCAUCUUCCACGAGCGGAUGAGGCGGUACGAGUGCCUCACCGACGACCCCUCCCUGGCCGCCGCCGUGUACGUGCCGUUCUUCGCCGGCCUCGAGGUGUGGCGCCACCUCUGGGGGUUCAACGCCACCGCGCGGGACGCCAUGGCGCUGGAGGUGGUGGACAUCAUCACGUCGCGGCCCGAGUGGCGCGCCAUGGGAGGCCGCGACCACUUCUUCACCGCCGGCCUCAUCACGUGGGACUUCCGGAGGCUGGCCGACGGCGACGCCGGCUGGGGGAGCAAGCUGUUCAGCCUUCCGGCGAUAAAGAACAUGACGGCGCUCGUGGUGGAGGCGAGCCCGUGGCACCUCAACGACGCCGCCAUCCCGUUCCCGACGGCGUUCCACCCGGCGAGCGACGAGGCCGUGUUCGUCUGGCAGGACAAGGUCCGCCGCCUCGAGCGCCCAUGGCUCUUCUCCUUCGCCGGCGCGGCGCGCCCGGGCAGCGCCAAGUCGAUCCGUUCCGAGCUCAUCACGCAGUGCAGGGCGUCGAGCGCGUGCUCACUCAUGGAGUGCCGCGACGGGCCGAGCAACAAGUGCGGCUCGGCGGCGAGCUACAUGAGACUCUUCCAGAGCUCCACCUUCUGCCUCCAGCCGCAGGGCGACUCGUACACGCGCAAGUCGGCGUUCGACGCCAUGCUCGCCGGCUGCAUCCCGGUGUUCUUCCACCCCGGCACGGCGUACGUCCAGUACACCUGGCACCUGCCCAGGAACCACGCCGACUACUCCGUCUACAUCUCCGAGGACGACGUGCGCCGCAACGCCAGCAUCGAGGAGCGGCUGCGGCGGAUCGCGCCGGCCGCCGUGGAGCGGAUGAGGGAGACGGUCAUCUCGCUCAUCCCGACGGUGGUGUACGCGCAGCCGUCGUCGAGGCUGGACACGAUGAAGGACGCGUUCGACGUGGCGGUGGACGCCAUCGUCGACAAGGUGACGAGGCUGCGGCGCGACAUCGUCGACGGCCGCGGCGAGGAGGAGAAGCUGGAGAUGUACAGCUGGAAGUAUCCAUUGCUGCGAGAAGGGCAGAAGGUCGAGGACCCCCAUGAGUGGGAUUCAUUGUUCGCGUUCGCCUAGCUCACCAUUUCUACCAAUUAAAUUUGACCUUCAUGUUUGUGAAGUGAUCUAUCACAAAUUAAAUUAUCUUGUUGUGUUUUAAAAAAAUUAUUUAUAUUUAUAGUGACAUGCAACAACGAAAGAAUA